AUUCUGCUAUCUGAGAAGGAGACAGAAAAUAGAUGUCCACGCCUACAGACUCUGGCGCCAUGCCUCAUCCCGGUCCUUCCCCUGGACCAGGACCUUCCCCUGGACCGAUUCUAGGACCUAGCCCAGGACCAGGGCCAUCUCCUGGCUCAGUGCACAGCAUGAUGGGGCCAAGUCCUGGUCCACCCAGUGUCCCGCACCCAAUGCCAACAAUGGGGCCUGCUGAUUAUCCACAGGAAGGCAUGCAUCAAAUGCAUAAGACAAUUGAUGGUUUGCAUGAAAAAGGAAUGGUUGAAGACGUUCAUUGUAGCUCCAUGAAGAGUAUGCGACCUCCUCACCCUGGAAUGGGCCCACCUCAGAGUCCAAUGGACCAGCAUAGUCAAGGUUAUAUGUCUCCACACCCAUCUCCCCUAGGAGCCCCUGAGCACGUGUCCAGUCCAAUGUCUGGGGGUGGUCCAACUCCACCACAGAUGACUCCCAGUCAACCAGGACCCAUAAUGCAAGGAGACCCACCAGUUAUGAGCCAGCCUAACAGAGGUCCUUCACCCUUCAGCCCUGUGCAGCUGCAUCAGCUCCGAGCUCAGAUUCUAGCCUACAAAAUGUUAGCCAAGGCGCGGACAUGA